UUAACACUGAAAGAGAACAUUGUUUUCAUCAUGAAUGCCAAGAAAGAAAAAGACCUAAAGUCUAGUAGCCAUGAUUUUCACCUUUUUCAUGUCUUGAUGAUGUUAAGCAUGGCAGUGCUGUUUCUUCCAGUUACUGGAACUUCUAAGCAAAAUAUUCCACGACUCAAGCUAACCUACAAAGACUUGCUGCUUUCAAAUAGCUGUAUUCCCUUUUUGGGUUCAGCAGAAGGACUGGAUUUCCAAACUCUGCUCUUAGAUGAGGAGAGGGGCAGGCUGCUCCUGGGAGCCAAGGACCACAUCUUCCUGCUCAGUCUGGUUGACUUAAACAAAAAUUUUAAGAAGAUCUAUUGGCCUGCUUCAAAGGAACGGGUGGAAUUAUGCAAAUUAGCAGGGAAAGAUACCAAUACAGAAUGUGCAAAUUUCAUCAGAGUACUUCAACCCUAUAACAAAACUCACAUCUAUGUGUGUGGAACUGGAGCAUUUCAUCCAACAUGUGGAUAUAUUGACCUUGGAAUCUACAAGGAGGAAGUUAUGUUCAAACUAGACACAAAUAAGUUGGAGUCUGGCAGACUGAAAUGUCCUUUUGAUCCUCAGCAGCCUUUUGCUUCAGUAAUGACAGAUGAGUACCUCUACUCUGGAACAGCUUCUGAUUUCCUUGGCAAAGAUACUGCAUUCACGCGGUCCCUGGGGCCUACUCAUGAUCACCAUUACAUCAGAACUGACAUUUCAGAGCACUACUGGCUCAAUGGAGCAAAAUUUAUUGGAACUUUCCCCAUACCAGAUACUUACAAUCCAGAUGAUGAUAAAAUAUAUUUCUUCUUCCGUGAAUCAUCUCAAGAAGGCAGUACUUCUGAUAAGACCAUCCUUUCUCGAGUUGGAAGAGUUUGUAAGAAUGAUGUAGGAGGACAACGCAGUCUGAUAAACAAAUGGACAACUUUUCUUAAGGCCAGAUUGAUUUGCUCAAUUCCUGGAAGUGAUGGGGCAGAUACUCAUUUUGAUGAGCUUCAAGAUAUUUACUUACUCCCCACAAGAGAUGAAAGAAAUCCUGUAGUAUACGGAGUUUUUACUACAACCAGCUCCAUCUUCAAAGGUUCGGCUGUUUGUGUGUAUAGCAUGGCUGACAUCAGGGCUGUUUUUAAUGGCCCAUAUGCUCAUAAGGAAAGUGCAGACCAUCGUUGGGUGCAAUAUGAUGGAAGAAUUCCUUAUCCCCGACCUGGCACAUGUCCAAGCAAGACUUAUGACCCACUGAUUAAAUCCACCCGAGAUUUUCCCGACGAUGUCAUCAGUUUCAUAAAGCGGCACCCUGUAAUGUAUAAGUCAGUAUACCCAGUAGCAGGAGGACCAACAUUCAAGAGAAUCAAUGUGGACUACAGACUGACACAGAUAGUGGUGGAUCACGUCAUUGCAGAAGAUGGCCAGUAUGACGUAAUGUUUCUUGGAACAGACAUUGGAACAGUCUUGAAAGUCGUCAGCAUUUCAAAGGAGAAGUGGAAUAUGGAAGAGGUAGUGCUGGAGGAGUUGCAGAUAUUCAAGCACUCAUCAAUCAUCUUGAACAUGGAGUUGUCUCUGAAGCAGCAACAAUUGUACAUUGGUUCCCGAGAUGGAUUGGUUCAGCUCUCCUUGCACAGAUGUGACACUUAUGGGAAAGCUUGUGCAGACUGCUGUCUUGCCAGAGACCCCUACUGUGCCUGGGAUGGAAAUGCAUGCUCUCGAUAUGCACCCACUUCAAAAAGGCGAGCUAGACGCCAGGAUGUGAAGUAUGGGGACCCAAUCACCCAGUGCUGGGACAUUGAAGACAACAUUAGUCAUGAAACUGCUGAUGAAAAGGUGAUUUUUGGCAUUGAAUUUAAUUCAACCUUUCUGGAAUGUAUACCUAAAUCUCAACAAGCAUCUAUUAAGUGGUAUGUCCAGCGAUCAGGAGAUGAACAUCGAGAAGAGUUGAAACCCGAUGAAAGGCUCAUCAAAACCGAAUACGGGCUACUGAUUCGCAGUUUGCAGAAGAAGGACUCUGGGAUGUAUUACUGCAAAGCACAGGAGCACACUUUCAUCCACACCAUAGUGAAGCUGACUUUGAAUGUCAUUGAGAAUGAACAGAUGGAAAAUACCCAGAGGGCAGAGCACGAGGAGGGGCAGGUCAAGGAUCUGUUGGCUGAGUCACGGUUGAGAUACAAAGACUACAUCCAAAUCCUUAGCAGCCCAAACUUCAGCCUUGACCAGUACUGCGAACAGAUGUGGCACAGGGAGAAGCGGAGACAGCGAAACAAGGGCGGCCCAAAGUGGAAGCACAUGCAUGAAAUGAAGAAGAAGAGAAAUAGAAGACAUCACAGGGACUUGGAUGAGCUUCCUAGAGCUGUGGCCACGUAGUUUUCUAUUUAAUUUAAAGUAUUCUUUGCCAACAAAUAUACUGUCUUCUGUUUUGUACCUCCCUUAUACUAACUCAUAAAUGCUUUCCAUGGAGUUUUGCUAA